GUGAUGAAGGAGACAACUUCUAUGUGAUUGACCAAGGAGAAGUGGAUGUAUAUGUGAAUGGUGAAUGGGUGACUAGUAUUGGAGAGGGUGGUAGUUUUGGAGAACUGGCUCUGAUAUACGGGACUCCUCGAGCUGCUACUGUGAAGGCCAAGACUGACCUGAAACUCUGGGGCAUCGACAGAGACAGCUACCGGCGCAUCCUCAUGGGAAGCACGCUGAGGAAGAGGAAGAUGUAUGAGGAGUUCCUCAGCAAGGUGUCUAUACUCGAAUCGCUGGAUAAGUGGGAGAGGCUGACGGUGGCUGAUGCUCUGGAGCCUGUGCAGUUUGAAGAUGGAGAGAAGAUCGUAGUGCAGGGAGAGCCAGGAGAUGAUUUCUUCAUCAUAACAGAGGGUACGGCGUCUGUUCUGCAGCGCAGGUCUGAUAACGAGGAAUACGUUGAAGUGGGCCGCCUGGGUCCAUCAGACUACUUCGGUGAGAUAGCGCUGCUGCUGAACAGACCCCGUGCAGCAACAGUCGUGGCCAGAGGUCCACUCAAGUGUGUGAAGUUGGACCGUCCGCGUUUCGAGCGCGUCCUCGGGCCCUGCUCUGAGAUCCUCAAGAGGAACAUUCAGAGAUAUAACAGCUUCAUUUCUCUCACAGUCUAACCCGGCCGUCUGAAACGCGUUGCCGUCAGGUUAUCCGGGUGCCUGGUUGCAUAAAAUAACGUGACGUUCUCCACCAGUUCUGCUUAAAUCAUUAGCUUCAGUAUUGCUGAGUUGUUCAGAAUGGAUUCAGCAGUAGAUAAUAAAAACGACUUCUUUUAUGCA